CUGUGCGGGGAGACCCGUUUCCCGCCGGCGGGAGCUGUAGCAGUCGUGGCGGCGGCUGCUGUGGCGUGAAGGGAGAGAGUUGGGAACUGUCCAGCCCCGCGCCAUGGCGGACCAGCUCUACCUGGAGAACAUUGACGAGUUCGUCACGGACCAGAACAAGAUCGUGACCUACAAAUGGCUUAGCUACACACUAGGUGUCCAUGUCAACCAGGCCAAACAGAUGCUGUAUGAUUAUGUUGAAAGGAAGAGAAAGGAAAAUUCAGGAGCCCAGCUACAUGUCACUUACUUAGUGUCGGGGAAUCUUGUACAGAAUGGAAACUCUUGCCACAAGGUUGCAGUAGUGAGAGAAGAUAAACUGGAGGCAGUGAAAUCCAGGCUUGCUGUGACUGCCAGUAUCCAUGUGUACAGUGUCCAGAAAGCAAUGCUCAAGGACAGUGGGCCUCUGUUCAACACCGACUAUGACAUCCUCAAAACCAACCUGCAGAGCUGCAGCAAGUUUAGUGCCAUCCGAUGUGCAGCUGCUGUCCCCAGAACUCCUGAUGAGAUUUCUUCUUCAGAGAAACUUGGACAGGCUGAUCCUCAUACAUCAAAUGAAGCCCUACCCAGCAGUGGGCCUACCACCAAUGGCCAUGGUCCUCCUGCUACCAAACAAACCUCACAACAUCCCAAAGGAAUUAUGGGAAUGUUUGCCUCCAAAAUGGCUUCCAAAUCCCAAGAUGCUAAUAAGGAGACUAAAACAGAGUCAAAAGAGGCAACAAAUGCAUCUUCAGCAAACAGCAAACCACAAGGAAAAGGGAAUGUGAUGAGCAACUUUUUUGGGAAAGCUGCUAUGAAUAAACUUAAAGUCAAUUUGGAUUCAGAACAAGCAGUAAAGGAAGAAAAAACAUUGGAACAGCCUCCAGUUUCUGUCGCUGAACCAAAGCUGGCAUGCAGUGGAAGCCUGAAGAAACCCUACAAGAAAGUAGAGCCUGUUAAAAUGCAGCAAAAGGAGAAAAAAAGGGGAAAGCGGGCUGAACUCUCAGAUGAUGACGCAAAAGAAACUGAAAAUCUGAAGAAAAAGAGGAGAAGAAUUAAACUUCCGGAAUCAGAUAGCAGUGAAGAUGAAGUUGUGCCAGAUUCUCCAGGGGCUUAUGAAACUGAGUUGCCACCUUCAAGUCCUCCUCCUUCUCCUCUUCCUGAGCCAGCCCUGAAGAUUGAGCCAGAGCCUCCUUCCAUUAAGGCCACGAGUGGAGAAAAGAAAAGAAAACGGAAGAGAGUAUUGAAAUCCAGAACCUUUGAGGAUGAGGAGGGCUGCAUAGUGACAGAAAAGACUUAUGAGAGUGAGUCCUGCACAGACAGUGAAGAAGAGUUUAAAGGGAAGACCACAUCCUUACAAAGACCCCCCUCCAUGCCUGUGAAGAAGGAGCUUAAGGAGGAACGGAAGGGCCUCAAGAAGGGAGCUGCUGCUCUUGGCAAAGCUCACAGACAGGUGUCUAUUACAGGCUUCUUCCAGAAGAAGUAAACGGCCUCUUCCUGCGGAGGAGCAGACUCUUCCACCCAGCGAUCACAGGGACCUCCACUUCAGCUUGCUUACUGUGUAUGUGAGCAUAGUAAGCUCUUUGGUGCAGAUUUAAAGAGCAUCUCCCAGAAGACAGAGACCAGCGGGCAUUCCAAAGCCUGCCUGCUUCUAGCGACAUUCUUAUAUUGUUUAUAGCAUGCCUUCAUGCUGUCCGAGUGGGAUCUGCUCUCCAUUGGAAGAGAUGAGUGACAGACUUGUCUAGGAGGUCCUUUUAUGGCUGCUGCAUCCCAACCUGUCUGCCCCCUCCUGCCCUGGGGAUGUCCAUGGCUUCCUUUGUUUCUUCCUUCUUGUCUGGGGCAUCCCCUUGAACUUCACUGGAUGAAUUCUCUUUCUUUCCUAGGUCCUUCUCCUCUUCCACUCUCCUUUGCCUGACCUCCCUAAAAGAAGAAGAAACUAGCCAUUUUCUUUCUGCCUUUAAAUCUGGUUGGACUCACUAAGGCUUAUAAUAAAAGUCUCCCUGUCAUCUUCUUUUCCUGUUAGAAAGAACCCUGACCCCUGGCCCCCAACCAGGAGACAGAUGACUAGCACUGGGUCUUCUUCUCAAAAGCCCUCUAGACCUUUGCCUACAAUCCACAGUUUGGGAAGGGCCCCAGGCAGAGCUCACAAAAACAUUUUAUGGUUGUAUUUGACUCUGUAAGAAGGUGGUUAAAGUGAACGCUGAAGUCGUCAUCUUUCUGGACACAGCUAGUGCUUCAUAUUCUGUCGGGUGAUUUUAAUUUUUUUCUCUUCCCCCUCCUCUUUCAGCACCUACAAAGUUCAGUCUGACUAAGGUGCAGCCUUUCUGUGCACAACAGGCAUUAAGGAUGGAAAAACCUUUUAUUCUUCUGAAGGAAAUGCAACCUCAGGACAGCUUGGGGAGCUACCCCAGGCUGGGUGCACACACUGUCCUUUGGGACCUUUAGUUGGGACCAUUGUGUAUUUGCCUGGGAAUAUAGGGGUCACAGGGAGGCAGCCUAAAGGAGAAAAGGACAUUGCAGGUCAAAAAAGCAAGGGAACAUUUUUAACUUGUUCUUUUGAGGGAAUAAUCCUUUAAAACAAUCAGUAAAUCAUUUAUUGUAAUUGUAUUUUUUUAAAGUGAUUUUUCUUAUGGCUAGUGGAGUGAUCUGAAUGGAUUCAACCAAGCGUGGCAAUUGCUAACAAUAAGCUUUAGUGAGACAUGUACACAGUGCUGGCAAAGUAGUCUUCCCCAUCUUGAGUAACAGACAAAGCCUUGGAGACGUCUGACUUGCCACUUACGUCCUGAAAAGGAAUCAUUACGGUGGCUGAGGUAGUAGGUAGUGUAAUCAGCUGUCUGCUAUUUAAAGUGAGGGUUAUAACUGACCCCAGCCUUCAUAAUGAGCUUCAUUAAUAACCUUCACCUAGGGCUUUCCAGCCAAAGUAGCCCCGAGGGGCACUAUUAAGAUGAGGUUUUCAGGGUGAAUUUUGGCAUUAUGUGUAAGGAUAUUAGUAUAUUGAGGCCUGUGGUGCAAGCUGAGUAAGGGUUGGCUUAUUCCAUAACUGUUUCUUAAUGGGAAUGGGGCCUUUGUUCAGAAAGUAUGGGAAACCUGGACUCUUGAGUGAGCCUUUACAAAAUCUAUUACCUCUGAAGAAAGAAGCCUGUUAAGAUGUUUAUUUUUAUUAUUAGUGUUGAAAGUUUAUUUUAAACAGUAACAUUGAAUUAAAAACCACUAACAGCGAUCUUAGUCAUUUGGAUAUUGUACUGGGAUCACUGAAAAAGCUGAUCCUUGAUAGAAAAACUCUACUCUGUUAAAGACACUGUCUUGCUGGGAUCACACAAAUCCUGUGAUCUCUGCUACAUAGUCAAUGAGCUCCCUAAAUAUUGAACUGUCUGCAAAAGUUCCCCUUGUAAAAACAGCUUAGCAAGUAAUCUUAGUGUGUGUGUUUUUUUUUUUAAGGUAAUACUGUGCUAUGUUGUUUAUACAAGUUUGAUAAAUUUGAGGGGUUGUUUUUUAAAAAAUGAUUUAAACUGA